UUUCCCCUCCCACGUGCUCAGACCCGCUCAAAGUUUGGAGCGCUUCAAAAAGUCCGGGUCCACCAUUCCGGGAGCAGGGAGUCGCUUGUGGGCUCCGUGGAGUGGGGGGCUCCAGGCGUCCGUGGCCGGAGCGUGCUUCCCGGGACGGUGACACGCUCUCCCGAGGCUUGGUGACAGAGGGACCGACCUCCUGGGUGCCGCCAUGGAGGAGCAGCCAUCAGAACUCAGCAUUGAACCCCCCCUGAGCCAGGAGACGUUCCCAGAAUUGUGGAACCUGCUGCCCCAGGAAGAACUGACCUAUACCCCGGAGCAGCUACUGUCCACAAAUAUGACAAACUGGUUGGAAGACCUGGGGGAUGAGCUCCAUACAACAGAGGCUCCCCCACCAGAGAGCCCUGCGCCAGCUGCCCCUCCGGCCCCUGCGCUUGCUGCCCCUACACCAGCCAUGCCCUGGCCCCUGUCAUUCUCCGUCCCUUCCCAAAACACUUACCCUGGCACCUAUGGUUUCCGGCUGGGCUUCCUGCAGUCUGGCACGGCCAAGUCUGUCACCUGCACGUAUUCUCCUUCCCUCAACAAGUUGUUCUGCCAGCUGGCCAAGACCUGCCCCGUGCAGCUGAAGGUUGACUCCACACCCCCGCCUGGCACCCGCGUGCGGGCCAUGGCCAUCUACAAGAAGUCGCAGCAUGUGACCGAGAUUGUGAAGCGCUGCCCCCACCACGAGCGCUGCUCGGAUAGCGAUGGUCUCGCCCCUCCUCAGCACCUCAUCCGAGUGGAGGGGAAUCUGCGAGCCGAGUAUUUGAACGACAUAAACACUUUUCGGCAUAGCGUGGUGGUACCCUAUGAGCCACCCGAGGUCGGCUCUGACUGCACCACCAUCCACUAUAACUACAUGUGCAACAGCUCCUGCAUGGGUGGCAUGAACAGGAGACCCAUCCUCACCAUCAUAACCCUGGAAGACUCCAGUGGGAACGUGCUGGGACGGGACAGCUUUGAGGUGCGCGUGUGUGCCUGUCCCGGGAGGGACCGCCGUACUGAAGAAGAAAAUUUCCACAAGAAAGGGGAGCCCUGCCCUGAGCCGCCUCCUGGGAGCUCAAAGCGAGCACUAUCACCCAGCACCACCAGUUCCUCUGCGAAAAAGAAGCCGAUGGAUGGAGAAUACUUUACCCUUAAGAUCCGGGGCCGGGAGCGCUAUGAGAUGUUCCGAGAUUUGAAUGAGGCCCUGGAGUUCAAGGAUGCCCAGGCUGAGAAAGAGCCAGGGGGGAGCAAGGUACACUCCAGCUACCUGAAGUCCAACAAGGGGCAGUCUACCUCUCGCCAUAAAAAAAUGAUGCUCAAGAGACAGGGACCAGAUUCCGACUAACAUCCUUUCCCUUGUGUCACCCUCUUCCCCAUCCCCCUCCCUCCCUGGCACUCUGGGACUCAGGUGCUUGACCCCCUUGCUUGGUGGGCCUGCAAGACUGCUGGGAAUUCUUUCCUUUGCUUCAAUCUAAGGGUCUCCUCCAGGCCUCAGCCUGCACCCAUGGUAUUCUGAUGGGGAGGUGGUGGGAGCCAGCCUUAGCGCUGGAGACUUUGACUGUGAGAGGUGUUUGGGGGAAAAGAAAGCAGUAGUGCUAGAAGCAGUCCCAGGCCGGGUGAAGCCCAGUGUUCCAGCCGUGCCACACAGGAGUGCCAUCAUGAGUUGGUCAGUUGCUUCUGACUUCAGUGUCCACCUCCGUGAAGCACUGGUCACACCUACCUCACAGUGUGUGUCGUGAGGACCAACCAGAUGUCGGGCAACUGACCCGGACAACACCUGUUACACCAUGGCUGGGAUGCAGCCCCCUCGCAGGUGUGCAUCCCUGCCCUCUUACUGAUGGGUUUGGCAGCUUCCCCUGAUUGGACAGGUGCAGCCAAACCAUGUCCGAACUCUUGGUGACAUCAGUACUGGAAGGGACCCCCACCCCAUCCCACAUCCGGAGGAGCCUAUCAUGUAACCAUUUACGUCUACCAAGACCUGUUAUACUGCCUGCCCCAACCCUC